AACAGACGCAGUUGGGUCAGCUCGCUUCAUUGUGCAUGCUCGGACGUUAUCGCGUUCUUUGACAUCUGCUCCUGUGAAUAUGAUAAAUACCUCCGGGUGCUCCCACUGUAGCAUACACCCCGUCCUUUUUGCAAUCGCAACACCUUGACGAUGUUGGCUACACUUCUUCAACUUUCGACUCUUGCCUCCUUGGCUCUCGCUUCUCCAUUGCAUUCAUAUGUGAAUGCUACAUCUUCGAGCUCCUCUGUGACGAGUUCGAACGUCGUGCUUACCGCCAGAGCACCUGUCAACACUGGUCCUGUCGGCCCCAUCGCUGACCUCCCAUCCACCACCACUUCCUCGUCCUCCUCCGCCUCUACCUCCUCAUCCAACUCCGCGUCGUCUUCUUCCGCCACAAUCAACUCAAACCUCACCUCCGGCGCCUACUGCCCAACAAACGGCGGCAACCAAUGCGCAGCAUCAGACGUAAUCUCCAUCUGCGCAAACCACACCCAAGUCCUCCUAAACUGCAACGACGUCCUCGGGGGACUCGGUGCCGCGGCAUGUGUUUUGACGUCGGGGAAUGAUAUUGCUGUGGGUGCUUGUCAGGUUGGAGCUUCUAACUACUCUGCGGGUAAGAGUACUGGACCGAUUUUGAAGAGUUCGAAGGGGGUGCAGGCGAUGGGGUUGAGUAAGGUUGCGGAUACGGAUGAGGAUGAGGAUGAUAUUACGGAAGAUGCGCUUCCGGGGUGGAAUGAUCCUGAUGAUGGGGCGUAUGAUCCGUGUACUAAGACGGUCUGCUCGGAGCUUGAGAGUUAUGUUGUUCUUAUGUGCUUCAACGGAACUGCUUACCCGGUCAACUGCAACGACGCCCUCUCUACUUCUUUCGGUGGUGCGACCUGUAUCAACUGGGGUGAGAGUGGACAGGGUGUUUGCGAGUAUGCGAAUGCGACGAACGUUGUCGGGAACGGAACCUCGGUUAACAGCACCACGAGCUCCAAUGCAAGUGUUGUUGCUAUUCCGUGAAAGAUGACAUUCUGGAUGUGAACACUUUAUAUAAGGGACCUUUCCUGUCGAUCAUGUUGACGAUAGGAAGGAGCAUGUGCGUAUAAGCGUGUGUAUUAUUACGAUAGUUGGUAUUUAUUAUGAUGCAUUAUACAACUUACAGAUCAAACAUUGUCUGUCUCAUUUUCCCACG